GGGCGGGGCGCCGCGGUGGCGGCUCGGCCGGUCGGUCGGUCGGUCCAUCACGGCCCGGCGGCAGCGGCGCGGCCGGGACCGGCACUGGGACCGGCACAGCCCUGCUGGCUCUGCCCGCUCCUCUCGGACUCUCCACUCCGCCAUUCUCUCCUGGCUCCCCUACCCAGCCGCCCUCAGGGCGUCUUCCCUUUCCUUAGCCCUCCCCCCACCUCACGCCCCCUCCCCAGGGACCCCUUAAUCCUCCCCGGUUCAUUCCCUCAUCCCCCCCUCAGGUCACUCCCUUCCCGUCACAUCCCCUCGCACCCUUAGGGCCCCUCUGAGCGCCCUCCCCGGUGCCCCUGAAGCCCUCGCCCUCGGCCUCCCCCAUGGUGGGGUUCGGGGCGAACCGCCGGGGCGGCCGCCUGCCCUCGCUGGUGCUCGUGGCGCUGCUGGCGGUGAUCGCCGUGCUCGCCUUCCACUGCUGGAACGCGGCGUCCCGCCAGGCCCUGCUGCGGGAGGAGCUGGCCGAGCUGCAGAGCCAGGCCCAGCGCACCGAGGUGGCGCGGGGCCGCCUGGAGCGGCGGAACUCCGACCUCCUGGGCAAGGUGGACUCGCACAGGAAACAGCUGGAACAGAAGGAGGCGGACUACAGCCACCUGAGCAGCCAGCUGCAGGCCAGGGACGGCCAGGUGAAGAGGUGCGAGGACGGCAAGAUGAAGCUGCAGAACAACAUCUCGUAUCAGAUGGCAGACAUACAUCGGCUAAAAGAACAACUGGCAGAGUUGCGGCAGGAAUUCAUCCGCCAGGAAGAUCAGCUGCACGAGUACAAGAAGAACAACACAUACCUGACAAGGAGGCUGGAAUAUGACAGCCUGCAGUGUGGGCAGCAGAUCAAGGAAAUGAGACUGCAGCAUGAAGAGAACAUCAAGAAAUUAAUGGACCAAAUWGCACGGGAACAAAAGGCCACACAAAAAAUUCAGUCCAGUAAAGACACUGCAGUCAGUCCCAGCAAUGGUGAGCAGGCAGUACCUGAGACGGUUGCAGAGGUGGAAAAUAAAGACAUAGUGAAGAAUGAGGAGCCUUCAGAACAUGCAGAUGGYAAAGAKAAAAUCAAACCAGGAGGAGAUGCAGGCAUGCCUGAAAUAGAAGAUAAUGACCCUGCUAAAGCUGAAGAUACUCCCACUGCUUUAAAGAAGCCACUUAUUUCAGCUCCUAAAAGUCCUGAAGGUCAUCAGUCUGUUAUGAAUCUUCCAACUGAACAGCCCCACGCUCCAAACCUGGCACCAGGUUUGCCCAGUGACAGUGAUGGAAACACUGACACUGUCAAGCAGAUCCCUCCAAAUCCUCUYCAGCAUUUGAAUUUUGAAGAAAACRUGGAAACCCAGAAUGACCACAAAAUUGAGCCAGACCAGAUAAAAAUCCCAAAGAGCCGAGUUAGUGACUUGCAGAAGAUGAAGCAAAAUGAUGAGGAGCGAGACCUGCAGAAUGACCUGGGGGACUACAGCAAGUCCCGCCUCAGCGAUGGGAUCCUGUAGGCCCUGAUGACAGAGAGCUCUACCCAGGAACUUGAGGUGCUUCAACACUGAACCAGUUUUACUCAUGUUUCCUACUUCCAAGGAUGCUGAGGAUCAAGUGCCGAGUGUGCUCAGCAGCAGGUGAAGAAGACCCACUCUGUACAUAUGUACAUAUUUGUACUAUUGCAGGUUGUAUUAAACCCAUAAUGGAGCUGGUUACUCAGCCUGUUCCUUACCUGAAAUAAUCUUUACACUUAAACCCAGUCUAUAAACACAGGCUGAAUUGUUUCUGCCGUUUAGAGCACUUGGAACCUGGAGAACUUGUACAGUUUGUAUCUGAUGUAACAAAGCCACUGUGGAAGCCAUGUACAGCCAAGGACUCCUUUUCUACAAUCCCAACCUGUGUGGCAGAACUGCUGCUCUCGAGUGCUGGGUUUUGUACAGCAGGUGAGAAUGGAACAUCAGAGGGACUGGGAACUGAACAGUUCAGUAACUGCUCCUUCCUCACUGCAGCCCAGCACCAUGUCCCAUUGAACUCCUGUAUAAUGACCACAUCUUGUAGUUAGAGCUGGAAAUCUAUCAUAGGACUUGCAUAAUUUGAUACAUCCCAAAAAAGUUGUGCAACUAAUAGCUUGAUUUAAAAUGUAUGUAAGAUACAAAUAAUUGGCAGCUUGUAGGAAACCUUUGUGUUAGAGACAGCAAGUAUGUGAGUCAGAGACAAAUCUCCAGCACCCGUGUCAACCCCUUGAUGGAAGGACCAGCCUUUACCCAGGUAAACAUGCUGUAGGUGCUGGUGUGCUGUCCCAGAGUGUGCAUCCCAGGUCCAGCCACUCCAGUUAAUUUCCAGUUUGAUCCCUUGAUCCUAAACACGUACCACAUCCCAUCAGAUGUGGUUUUCUCCAUCAGAUCUGUAAGUCAGACCCUUUUCUGUAUUCUGUGUUCAAGCACUUUUAGAAUUGAUGGAGAUGAUUCCAUUGCUCUGCAGUGGUGGGAACAAGGGGAUCGUUCCCCCUGCUCUCCCUGGGCACUCAGGUUGUAGGCCCUGAUGAGGGUGAUUGAACUCAUCCCUGUGCUCAGGUGCUGGGCUGCAGUCAUGGGUCAGGUUUGCUCCUUGCCAGGUCAGUGAACCUCUUAAAUAAAGUUCAAUGCUUGUACAAUUA